GCAGUCCGGCUUGGCGUUUCACAAUGGCAGACAAGAACAAAGUAGCUGAGCAGUAUUAUGCCCCGCCGCCGGACCUGGGCAAAUGGGAGGCUUUCAGGAUUUUCCUAUGGAACUCGGAGACGGGACAGUUUCUCGGACGCACGGGGUCCAGUUGGGCUAAAAUCCUUCUGUUCUACUUGAUCUUCUAUGCGGUGUUAGUGGGUUUCUUCGCGGCCAUGUUGGCCAUCUUCUACCAAACCCUGGACUCUAAGAUGCCGAAGUGGCAGCUAGAUAGUUCGCUCAUCGGUAAUAACCCAGGUCUCGGGUUCCGACCAAUGCCUGACUCUGACAAUGUGGAGAGUACUCUCAUCUACUACAGGGCAAAUGACAAGGGCUCCGUGCUGAAGUGGGCCACCAUCAUCGACGAUUAUCUCAAACAAUACCGCAAGAAGGGCAGCGGCAGCGGUGAGGCCACCGGUGCUGAGAACCGCGUGGCGUGCAACCCCACCAGUGGGUCGCGUGACCUCGGCGAGAACCAGGUGUGCGACGUUCCCGUUGACGACUUCCAUCCCUGCACGUCCGCCAACCAAUACAACUACGAGGAAGCGGGCCCUUGCGUUUUUCUCAAGCUCAAUAAGAUCUUCAACUGGGUGCCAAAUCCAUACAAUAACACCGAGGGUUUACCUGGCAACAUGCCUGAAGAUCUGAAGCAGCACAUCAAGAUGGUGUCUGGCAAGCCCGAGGCAAACACCGUGUGGGUAUCGUGCGAGGGCGAGAACCCUGCUGACGUAGAGAACAUCGGCCCGGUGCAGUACAUCCCGCGCCGGGGAUUCCCUGCAUUCUACUACCCCUUCACCAACAAAGAAGGCUAUCUCAGCCCAUUAGUUGCUGUUCUCUUUGAGAAGCCCAGGACGGGAGUCCUGAUCAACAUAGAGUGCAAGGCGUGGGCGAAGAACAUCAACUAUGAUCGUUACGAGCGGCGCGGCUCCGUGCAUUUCGAGCUGAUGGUGGACCGCGGGUAGACGCCCCCCGCACGCACCGCUCCCGCGCCCACGCGCGCCCGCGCCAACACUAUACCACACACGUACCCUCUCUUUCUAAGGCCAUCUACAAAUUAAAUGCUCACAUCUUGUACAGAAACAGUGGCGUAGCUACGAGUGGGCGAACCUACCGCUAGCGACCCGUGCUUAUUUUCGGCAGGGCCUUGCCUGGUGGUUUUGAGUUAAUAUUAUUUGACCAGAUCCGCUAGAAAGUUGAAUAUGAUAAAUCAUCAGAAUUAUGAGAAAAUAUGGUAGAAUAGGGAGAGAUACUGAAAUAAUGACGUCUUGAUUACUCUACGCUACGCCACUGCCUGCAAGAACCAAUUUGCUGCUAAUGGAGUCCAUAAUAAUAAAUACUGUGUAAGUUAGAACACCAUUACACGCUAACUCUGUAUUACCAUUGUAAACCAGAACCGUUAUUUGUGAAUAAGUACGAUAUUUUCAAGUAAUGUCAACAAUUGCAUUAAGCCAAUACCAGUGCAGACAAUAACAAUCAUAUAUUUUAUCGGUAUCCACAUCCAUAAGUCCUACAGGGUACUAUAGCAUUCCUGGCCUUGACAUGAUAUGGGGUGGAGAAAAUUGUCUGUGGUUUUUUUUCUGAUGACUGAAGCUGUGUGUGCCAAGUAUGCUGUUAAUGUUAGGUGCGUCUCCGCUACGCGCUGGCAUUUUAUCCAUCACAUAAUUGAGCCUACUCCUGAAGCUGCAAUCGUUCUUUUAAUAGCGUUUAAUUUGAAAACGGUCUAUACUUCAAAGUCGUUGAGCUGCUAUUUUGAAUAUGACGGCUAUUUGUGCAUUUUAACUGUGUGAAAAGUUGAGUUUGAUUCUCUCUUCUGUACCACAUCAAUUAAGGAUAGUAUAAGAGAGAGAAGGCACACUUCUGUGAUAAAACUGUUCGGUAGCAGAGUGUGAAAGAGACGGUGACAGUGGUAUCGCGCGGCGCCUGCGAUAUAGCAAUAGCCACAUAGUCGGCGGUUACUUUAUAUUCGUUUUAGAAUAAGCCGAGAGGCCCCUAUGUUAAGUUUUCGUUUCCACGCUUCAAUUCUAAAUUAUUGAUAUUUAUUAUUAUUAAAUUAUUAAUGUAUGUUUUUCUGGACGAUGUGUCAAUAAACACGCAAUAGUUGAUUCCGUUUAGGAAUGUGAUGUGUUUCAUUUAUUUAUCCCAUAA